AUGGCUUGUGGUCCUAGGUUUGAUGCUCAGUUCCGGAGUCCAUGUGUUGAGGUCAUGUAUCCGGGCAUCAAAGAUUUGCGUGAUUCAAACUCUGGAGGUCACGGUUUCGAUCCUGGAGUCUUGGAUCCAAGCACCAGGGUGCUAGGUCGCCUAUCAAGUUGUGAGCAUCUCCUUGGAGAUGAUGAUGGUGGUAUCGACGCAACAAUUUAUGCACCAAUUCAUGCACUGACUACUGCCAGCAUGUGCUCAAGGAAUUCAAGCUUCAGCAAUCUUUUACUGGAGGAGAGUUGGAGUGAACUGCCCCUAAAAGUCAACGAUUCAGAGGACAUGUUGGUGUACGGUGCUCUGUGCGAUGCCCUCAGUUCCGGGUGGACCAUGCCUUCAUCUUUGAAUCGAGAACUUGAUUUUGAAGCAACCACCAGUGAUUUCAACAGCAUUGGUCUGGCGACAAAGGAGAAACGGGAGAUGGUGGAGUGCGAAGUACAACUGCCGGUUGAGAAGAAACACUAUAGAGGGGUAAGGAGGCGGCCAUGGGGAAAAUACGCGGCGGAGAUGAGGGACCCCAAGAAGAAUGGGGCAAGGAUUUGGCUCGGGACAUAUGAAACGCCCGAGGAUGCGGCAUUGGCCUAUGACCGGGCCGCUUUUAAGAUGAGGGGGUCCAAGGCCAAGCUCAACUUUCCUCAUCUCAUUGGCUUGGCCGAGUAUGACCCUGUCAGGGUCAGAUCCAAGCGUCAGUCCACCAAGCCUAGCUCGCCGUCCAUGUCCAGCGAUGAUGACUCAACGACAAGAACGAAGAGGAGAAGGAGAGAGGUCGACAUGAACGACAAGAAUGAAGAGGAGAAAGAGAGAGGUCGACAUGGAUGCUGA